CAACUCCCCCGCUGGCAAAGCCACUACACCUUCAGCUGAAAUGCCCUGCACCCUCUACCCUCUAGAGUAAUCAGAAAGAAGACUUCCAAAACCUGAUGUGAUGUCUCCUCCUGGAGACGACGCACGAGGUGCAGGGAAGGGGAGGUGGCCUGACCCAGGACGAUGAUGACGCAAUGCUGAAGAGUGAGCUGGAGGAGAGAAGCAACAGGCACCAUGGAAAAAACCAAAACAAAGCAAGGAGAGAAUGAACAUAUGCCGGUGAACAACCCUUCCACGCAGAUCUACCAGUUGCAGGCCCUGGCCUCGGAACUGAAAACUGGCUUCACAGAAGCAAUGCAGGAGCUGACGCGGAUCCAACAUGGAGAAUAUGCUUUGGAAGAGAAGGUUAAGAGCUGCCGGUGUUCCAUGGAAGAGAAAGUCACGGAGAUGAAGAAUUCCUUAAACUACUUUAAGGAAGAACUGAGCAAUGCGAUGUCGAUGAUUCAGGCCAUCACUUCCAAACAAGAAGAAAUGCAGCAGAAAAUUGAACAGCUUCAACAGGAGAAGCGAAGGGAAUCUCGAAAGGUUAAAGCCAAGAAAGCUCAAAAGGAAGAGCAUGGCGCACAGGCCGGACCUGCAUCUGCGCCUGCGCAAGCGCAAGGAAGCCCCUUCCGCUCCAUCAAUGUCCCCGAGUCUGGUCACCCCAGUGACGACUUCACCAACAUUAUGCCUUCUCAAACCUAUGAAAAAGCCCAGGAGUCCAGAUCUGUUCAUGUAGGAGAUGGCAAUGUGAAGGGAAUGAUGGGUCCUGGAGUGAACCCAGCAAAUCCAGAAGCAGAUGAAAGCCUUAAGCCCUCUCUCUCAGCUGAGAUCCAGUCCAAGGGCCAUCACACACCGGGCCUGUGGAGGCAGCCUAAGGAUGGCAAAGAGUGGGGUGAGGAGUAUGUCACAAAAGAUCACCCAGAUAAACUCAAGGAGGCUGGCCAGGGCAGACACAGCUCCUUGGAAAACGUUUUAUGUGAAACCUCUUUAGCUGCAAAAAGGCAGACCGUGGCUCUCGAGCUGCUUGAGUCUGAGCGGAAAUAUGUCAUCAACAUCUCUCUGAUCCUGAAGAUAAAGGCCACGUUCCAGGGCUCCGACGGAAAGAGGAAUUCCAAGGAGAGAAGCCUCUUCCCUGGCUCCUUGCGCUACCUUGUCCAGCAGCACUUGGAUUUGCUUCAUGCCCUGCAGGAGAGGGUCCUGAAAUGGCCACGCCAAGGAGUCCUUGGAGAUUUAUUCCUGAAGUUGACAAAUGAUGAGAAUAAUUUCUUGGAUUAUUAUGUUGCCUACCUGAGGGAUCUACCCGAAUGCAUCUCAUUGGUUCAUGUUGUGGUUCUGAAGGAGGGUGAUGAGGAGAUUAAAUCCGACAUCUACACCCUGUUCUUUCACAUAGUGCAGCGCAUCCCGGAAUAUCUGAUACAUCUCCAGAAUGUUCUGAAGUUCACAGAGCAGGAACACCCCGACUAUUAUCUACUGCUCGUGUGUGUUCAGCGCCUCCGUGUGUUUAUCUCUCAUUAUACCCUGCUGUUUCAGUGCAAUGAAGAAUUGCUUAUUCAGAAACGGAAAAAGCUCAAAAAGUCGUCUAUGGCAAAGCUGUACAAAGGGCUGGCUUCCCAGUGUGCCAAUGCUGGCCAAGAUGCUUCCCCCACCGCGGGCCCGGAGGCUGUCCGUGACAGUGGGAUCCACUCAGAAGAAAUGCUCCAACCCUACUCUCCUGCUCCCAGUUCUGCCCCUGCUGUCACACAUCUGAUGCCCACGGCGAAGAAAGGCCAACAGCAGCAGAGCCUCAUGGAGAGCAUGCAGCCCGGGAAGCCGGGGGACUGGGAGAUGGAGGGCAGAAAGCACGAGCGGCCCGAGAGCCUGCUGGCCCCGGCGCAGUUCUGCGCGGCCGAGCAGGACGUGAAGGCGCUCGCCGGGCCGUUGCAGGCCAUCCCGGAGAUGGACUUCGAGCCGUCCCCGGCCGAGCCGCUGGGCAACGUGGAGCGCUCGCUGCGCGGGCCGCCCGAGCUCCUGCCGGACGCGCGCGGCUUCGUCCCCGCCGGCUACGAGGAGUUCGAGUACGGGGGCGAGAUCUUCGCGCUGCCCGCGCCCUACGACGAGGAGCCCUUCCAGGCGCCGGCGCUCUUCGACAACUGCUCGCCCGCCUCCUCCGAGUCCAGCCUGGACAUCUGCUUCCUGAGGCCCGUCAGCUUCGCCAUGGAGGCCGAGCGGCCCGAGCACGCGCUGCAGCCGCUGCCCAAGAGCGCCACGUCGCCGGCCAGCAGCAGCAGCGCCUACAAGCUGGAGGCGGCGGCGCAGGCGCAGGCGCAGGCGCAGGCGCACGGCAAGGCCAAGCCGCUGAGCCGCUCGCUCAAGGAGUUCCCGCGCACGCCGCCCGCCGAGGGCGUGGCCCCGCGCCUCUACAGCACGCGCAGCAGCAGCGGCGGCCGCGCGCCGCUCAAGGUCGAGCGCGCCGCCGCCGCCGCCGCCCCCCACGGCCCCACCGCCUCCGCCGCCGCCGCCGCCGCCGCCUCCCGCGGGGCGCCGCGGACCUUCUUCCCCCAACAGAGGUCCCAAAGCGAAAAACAGACCUAUUUGGAAGUAAGGAGGGAGAUGCACUUAGAGGAUGCCACCCGAUUCUGUCCAAAGGAAGAAAGAGAGAGUGAGCAGACUUCUUUCAGCGAUCAAAACCCCAGGCAAGACCAGAAAGGGGGCUUCCGCAGCUCCUUCCGCAAGCUCUUUAAAAAGAAAAAUGGGAACGCAACUGGUGAAGAUUUCUGUGGUCCUUGGGGCUGGUGGUGACAUCAAAGCUUUCCCAUUUCCAGGGACUUCUGACAUGAACAGACUGGAGAAGGUACAGAGCUGGAAUGGAUUGCCCAACUGGUUUAACCAAGAGAAAGGAAGAACGCACCCUCGACUGGGGGCUCAAAUGGACUGAGUUGACUACUGACUAGUUGUGGGUUCCUGUGUGGUGCUUGAGAUAACUGUACUGAUUUCUGCGUUCUACCGAAUGUAGCAAUAUGUGUGGUUGGUUUCAAUAAAUCUUCCUUUAAAAAUGAAAACAAGCACAAGCAAGAGUUUGUAAUGUCAUGCCUAGAUGAAGCAAGGGCCCGUGAUAACCAUUUUUAUUUCAGGGCCUUGGUAAUCUGCGGCGGAGUGGUGGUUGGCUUGAGUCAAAGAUAGCUAUUUUUGAGCCUUUAUUCCUGUUACAAUGCUUUCACACGGUGACUUACACUGACAUACACAGUUGUCACGAUUGUCCUCAGGAAGCAUUAGAGAGAGGUUCUGUACGCUCCCUGCAAAUUUGAGAUACACAGAUCUUCAGUUUUGAAAUUCAGGGGAGUAAAAAUGAUUCCAGAUCUAGCAGGGCAACUGUUUGACAAAUGCAAAACAAUUUGGAUAGAUAAAAUAUUUGAAAACAAUUAAAACCAAAUCAACCUGUACUUUAUC